CGUCAUGAUUUUUGAAUUGAUUCUCGAUUCCAACCGAAAUAACAAAAUAAACAAAAAGAUCGAGUCGAAGGUUUUUGAUUAAUCGAUCUUCGACAUCUCUACUGGUUGCAAACAUAUGUAAAUAAAACAUAUAUUCGAAAUGAAUUCAGACGACGAAGUUUUUGAAGGUGUUAUGGACAAUGUGCUUGACGAAACCAUUUCUUCCACACCCAGCAAAACAAAAAGACGAAAAAAACCACAAAUAGUGUCAUCAUGGACAAAUGAAAGCACAACGAAUUUGAUACAGGCCAUUGAAAUGCACAAUUGUAUUUGGGAAUAUUCCUGCCCAGAAUAUAAAGAUCGCGCCAAAAGAGAUAAAGCUUGGAAUAACAUCGCGGAGAAAUUUCCAACCCAAGAAGUUGACGGAUGCAAAGCAAAAUGGGCGAAUAUAAAAACGGCAUUUUCAAAUGUAAAGAAAAAAAUGACAACUAAAUCAGGCCAAGCGGCCGGUAAUGCUUUGCCACAUUGGCCGUUUUGGUCAGCUAUGCAAUUCUACUGUUUGCAUGAUCGCUGCAAGAGUAGUUCGUCCGUCUCAACACUAGAUGUGGAUGCAGAUGUAACGCCACCACCAACAGCUGCCCGAAGUGACAGGAAAUCCAAACCCUCUGCAUCCGAUGAAUCAGUGACAACAGAUGCAAUGGAGAGCGCAAUACAAUUUUUAAAUAAAGAAGAAGACCACUGGCAUGGAGUGGGCAUGUAUCUUGCACUGCAAAUGCGUGAACUAUCAAAAAGAAAUAAAAGAGCAGCAAAUAAACUUCACGCGGAAUUAAUUCAAGUAGCUAUGAAUGCUGUGUUGCAACAAGAUGAGGAAAGUUUAUCAUAA